AUGAACUCCAUCAUUGAUUUCCGGUUGCCAUUGUUGAAUGCAAAUGCUGGUGGGGUACUUCGUCAUGCUGUUAAAACUUUGGAGGCACUAUUCAACAAGCAUGCACCAUUGACUUUCAAAAUCGGGUAUACACAUGACCCGGUCUGGCGAUGGGUCAACCGUUUAUAUGGCUACGACUCCUCCAUUGACAACUUUGCAAACAUGACCAUUCUAUAUAUCAGUGAUGAACACCAUAGUGCAGCCAUGUUAGAAGCCUGUCUCAUUGACAAGUAUGGGAGUAGGCCAGGCUGCCGCAAUGUUCGCUCUGGUGGGGACAAUGUGAAACCACAUGACGAGUUGGAUGGAGUUCAUAUGUGUUAUUGUGUCUUUAGGAAGGAACAUCCCUACAGACUUCAACGUUUGAACUAUGUUGGAUCUACGUAUCUGACUCGUAUGGUGACCUCUGCGCUUCCCAAGAUGGCUCGUGACGCCGCUGCUUUGAAUGACAUACUUCAUGCAGUUGCACAUGAUGCCAAUGAGAUGAUGCGAGAAGGAGUUGAGAACUCAAGAGGCGAGAAAUACUUUGCUGUAUGUAUCAACAUAGUGGGUGACUGGCAAUGGUUGGCCAAAUGUGGUUCCUUUCUUCGCAGCUGGAGUAACUGCAACAAACGGCCGUUGACUGAAAAAUCCGAACCCAAAGGAAUGUGCCACCUAUGCUUAGCAGACCAGGUUGGAGUUCCAUGGGAGAACUACAAAGUCUACGAUGUUGAGAAGAAGAUUUUCCCCGCUUGGUACCCAACUAUGUACUCUGUUGACCCGUGGGAAACAAAGCCCCCACUGAGCGCUAUUCCAUCAGUCCCUGGAGAGGAACCGGGUUUCUACGCCUUUGACCUGUUUCAUUCAUUCCAUCUUGGGGUCGGUAAGACCCUUGCAGCAAGCUGCUUGGCUUUGGCCAGUGAAUUGAUGGUUGCAACCGCAGUGGACGUCAGGCUGGAAGAGCUUACGAACCUUUACCUGGUUUGGGCAGAGGAAAACAAGAAGUCUUUGUUUUUGACCACGUUUACAAGAGCGAACCUUGGCUGGAUGGACACCUCAUGCUUCCCCAACGGGCAAUGGUCGAAGGGACACGUGACGACCUGUGUCCUUGAGUUCUUCUGUGACUUUGCCCAAAAACGAGACUUGACGGGCCAUCCUUUGUUGAAGAUGAGCCUGGAAGCUUGUUUGGAAAUCAGUGAGUGCUUGAAAAACUUGUACGAAAACGACGUUUGGAUUCACCAGAAGGAAGCGCUUCGCAUCGCUCAUCACGGAAUGAGAUUCUUGGAGCUGUACAAAUGUCUUGCAUUUGAGAGUUUUCACUCAGGCAGGGCCCUUUACGCAAACAUGCCGAAAGCGCACUCACUGGACCAUCUCUUUUUUGGCCUAUACAUGUCGGCCGUGUACAACAAGUGGUCCCUCAAUCCAUUGAUUUUCUCAGUUCAAAUGUUUGAAGAUUUUAUUGGACGCUGUUCAAGGGUGGCAAGACGGACAAGCCCACAACAAGUGGUGAAGCGCUCACUGGAAAGAUGCUUGCAAGCCAGCUACAAGGAAGGUGGCCCGCCUGAAUACAUCUUCUUUUCCGCCUCGCGGACAUUGUUCAGCGCAGACAUCGAUGAGGACAUGGGCGGGGCAAGUGCGAGAGUGCCGUCCUGCAUCGAGACAGAAAUGCUGAGUCCUGGAGCUCCCGGCUAUGGCGACCCGAUCUUCUCACCCAUCCUCCACGCCCGCAUGAGAUCUGCAUUGGUUUCUUUGGGCCAACCUCCGGGCACUUCUUGCGAAGGCGUCGCUCAUCUCUGCAGCAGGCCCGACGCUCGGCUCCUCAGAUUGCUGUGUGGCGACACCUGCGGCUGUACUGAUCCCUUUUCUUCGCCAUGGCACAAGGUGCCAUCGCAAGGAUGUUCCAACGGCUGCAACAUAAGGACAGAGAACAUCUUGGCCACACAGCCCUGUGAGGAUCAGCCCAGAGGAGAUGUUUGGAAGGAAUUUCGGGAUGGAUAUGCUGCAGCUUUGUCCGAGUUCUACGGCACGAAUGUGAGCGAGGUCGUCAUUUGGCCCAUGGCCAGCGACAUCUUGAGACAGCUGGAGGUGACCGGAUGCAGCGGCCUAGGUGUGCCAGAGCUACAGGUGGAAAUGAUAUCCCAGACGCCCUGGUGCCAGGGUCACGACCGCUUAUUUCGCCCAUUGGCAUGGCUUUGUCCCAGGUCUUGUGGCUGUGUUGAGCAUCCCUCGUCCCAUUGCCCGGUGAAUUGCAAAGCAAACGCCAGCGGCUGACUUCGCUGUCUCUGUUUGGGCUGUCACACGGGGGAUGAUCCUGUUGGGCCAUGUUGCCAACGUGUACAUAUCAUUUGGGUGGCCUCUUGCGCGGGAGGGUGAUCUUCAAAAGCAACCCAGUUCCGGCAUAUGCCACAUUUAAAUCGUAGAAGCCAGCUGAGCGGCUAAGCUGCCCCUGGCCAUUGUUGCUUGUGUUUGGCCCCCCCGUUCCUCCCCACACUUCCCCAUCUCUCCUGUCACUUAUGUUUCGUAGGAACUCAUGUGAAGCCUCAUCUGCGUGGGGUGCAAACAA